UUUAUUUGGAAGAAGAAGGAGAAGAGUAGUUUUGGAAUAUUCGUUGCUGCUGCUGCUCUUCUUCCGCCAAUCGCAUUCGCGCCCCCACUUCUUCACCUUUCAACGGUUAAACAAAGCAAUCGGCGCGUGCCCAGCCACACCCCGCAUUGAAAAUUCUGUCCCAAUUAUUAUUCGAAUCUUCCUCCUUUUUCCAGCUCAUUCUUGCUCUAAGAAUCUUUUAUCUUUUACCCUAAUUACUUGUUGCCAUAAUUAUGUUUAGUUAAGCAACAAGUGAUUAUUAUAUUUUCCAAGGUAGCUUACUCGCGAAUUCGGCAAUUCCAGGUUCCUUUCCACGCAAUAUUUUCAGACAGGACAUUUCUUGUUAUCCUGUUGACUUUAUCCAUUCCAUUCUGUGUGAGAUCUAUCGUCGAGGAGGUUAUUGUUGCAGAAUCUCAUGAGUGUAUGGAUACUAAGCAACAUAUUGCGAUAUUUACUACGGCAAGCCUUCCUUGGUUAACUGGGACUGCCGUCAACCCUCUAUUUCGUGCAGCUUAUCUUGCGAAAGAUGGUGCAAGAAAAGUUACUUUGGUGAUUCCUUGGUUGAAGCUGAAGGACCAGGAACAUGUCUAUCCGAACAACAUCACAUUUAAGUCACCGCAGGAACAAGCAAAAUAUGUUCUUCAGUGGCUUGAAGAAAGGAUUGGAUUUAGAUCAAGUUUUACUAUACGUUUCUAUCCAGGAAGAUUUUCUUUAACAAAAAGGAGCAUUCUUGCUCUAGGAGAUAUUACUGAAGUUAUUCCUGAUGAAGAGGCGGAUAUUGCUGUUCUGGAGGAGCCAGAGCAUCUCACAUGGUAUCAUCAUGGAAAGAGAUGGAAACUAAAAUUUCGACUGGUUAUAGGAAUUGUUCACACAAAUUAUCUAGAAUAUGUGAAGAGAGAGAAGAACGGGCAACUCCAAGCUUUUUUGCUGAAAUACGUAAAUACUUGGGUUGUCAAUAUAUAUUGUCACAGGGUGAUAAGAUUGUCAGCUGCCACUCAAGAUCUUCCAAGAUCAGUUAUCUGCAAUGUCCAUGGAGUAAAUCCAAGAUUUCUUGACAUCGGCAUGAAAAAAAGAGAGCAACAAGAGCAUGGGGACCAGCCGUUUAGUAAAGGUGCAUACUACAUUGGAAAGAUGAUAUGGAGCAAAGGCUACAAAGAGUUGCUUAAACUGCUGUGUGAUAACCAGAAGAAACUAACUGGACUUGAAAUUGAUUUAUACGGCAGUGGUGAGGACUCUGGUCAAGUUGAGGAAGCAGCGAAAAAACUGGAAAUAACAGUCAGGGUUCAUCCUGGUCGUGAUCAUGGCGAUCCUUUAUUUCAUGACUACAAGGUGUUCUUAAAUCCUAGCACCACUGAUGUAGUCUGCACAACUACAGCUGAAGCAUUGGCGAUGGGCAAAAUAGUUGUGUGCGCCAAUCAUCCCUCUAAUGAAUUCUUCAAGCAGUUCCCAAAUUGCCGAACAUAUGAAGACGACGAGGGGUUUGUCAAAGAAACAUUGAAGGCAUUGCAAGACCAACCUGCUCCGCUAACAGAUGCUCAAAGGCAUGAACUCUCAUGGGAAGCAGCAAUAGAAAGAUUCCUAGAAUCUGCACAGCUUGAUAAUGUAGUAAGGAAAGUGGUUAAGACACCAUCAUCAAAGAUUGUCAUGUCCAAGUCAAUGAGUUUGAAGAGGAAUCUUGAAGAUGCAUCUGCAUUGGUACAUUAUAUGGGAACUAGUUUUUUAACUAAACAACCAGAUGAAGAGAUAUGUCAGGAUCUUGGAAUAACUGUUCCUCCAAAGAAACAGACAUACCCUUCAAGGAAAUGGGCCUUCUGAGGUUGAAGAUUGUCUGUGUACAGGCUCUCAGGAGCAUUACUCAGGUUCCUCGUACAGCAUAUUGGUAACGUUAUGUGUUUGUCGUUGUUUACAAGAGUUAUGUUAAUUCUUCAGACCUUUUUGUCUUUGUUUAUUGGGGGUUUGGAACAUCUUGUAAUCUAGUGAUAGUUGAUAAGAGUGAUUUCUUCUGUAUGAUUUGUAUCUUUGUUUUCUUCACUAGUUCUACUUCUGCGGUGCCCUUUUUCUUUUUCCCUUUUUUCAGGUCUCGUUUUUCUUGCAUCAUUUUCUUCAAUAUCCUUUGUUGUGGGAGAACCGAUC